AAACAUCGGAUGGGUUGGCAGCAUUUUCACUCAAAAAUGCAGGUCUUCGUAGUCUUCGCUUUCCUCCCACUAGUAUGGGGAAAUCCAGAGAAUCUGAACCCUAUGAGGAACAAGGGAAUGUUCGAAGGUGAUAUCGCUGGUAUUGAUCCGUUUGCUGACAGAAAUGCUAUACCUAGAGAUUCACAAAGGUGGCCAGGCGGUGUUGUUCCGUACAUCAUCGAUUCAUCUGUUUAUUAUGACAAGUUCUUGGAGCCAAUAAAGAAAGCAAUGGCACACAUUUCCGAAAAAACCUGCAUUACAUUUGUGGAAAGAACUCAUCAGAAAGACUACGUUCGAAUAUUUAAAGGAAGUGGUUGCUGGUCUUACUGGGGUCGACUAGGCAUUGGAGAGCAGAAGUUAUCCCUGAAAGACGGAUGCGAGCCUUUUGGAACGGUGGUCCACGAACUGAUGCAUGCUAUUGGUUUCGAACACGAACACAGCCGAUCGGACAGAGACGAUUACUUGAACAUUCAUUGGGAAAAUAUUCCAGAUAAUGAAAAGCACAAUUUUAAGAAGUUCUUGCCCCACGAAAACAGACUGCUAACCACCUUCGACUACGACUCCAUUAUGUUGUAUGGAGACACAGGAUACGAGCCCCAUUACGACUUGUUAUCAAUGACUGCUAAAGAUGGGCGUAAGCUGAUCGAAGUAUACGACAAACCUGGAAUGUCCCCUAUUGAUGUCAAACGAGUUAAAAUGUUGUAUUGCUCAUAAUAUUAAUAAAAUUUGUUAUUUUGUUA